AUGACUGUUAAGAACUAUGACGCCGAAGAUGAAAUCACAGAUUUCUUCAAGAAGACAACAGCGACUCGCGCAGAAUGCGACGAGUAUGCGAAAAAGCACGCCGGAGGCAACGUCACUCCAGUUCCCGUACAAGGCGUGUCCAGUUACACCGUCUACGCCGGCCCUAGGUCAGAAUUCGUUGUUCAGUUCCGGCUCAAGUGCCUCCUGCUCAAGAUGGAAACCAUGAAGCUCGCAAAUACAAUUUACGGCAAGCUUACACCCCAAGUCAACUUCAAGGGCGAAAUGAGUGAAGCUUCGGGAGACAAAGAGCCUCUGUUUAUCUACAUCAUGAAUAGGCUUCCAGGCGUGAGCCCACUGGACUUUCUGGGGGCCCAUAAUUGGGGUGCAAGCGAACCUGAGUUCUUUGGCUAUCGGAAAACUCUCAUGCUGGACAUUGCGAGAUUCUUCAUUGCCUGUUGGAAGGCCCCCCAGGAUGUUCAUCAGGUCUAUCGCACCAAACUCCGCAAUCGAUAUGAGGAUGACUUGAAGCUACUGCUUACUUCUCUUCCGGGUCGAUUUUCUCCGUUGAUCCAGGCAGUCUUGGAGUCUAUGUCCGAGAUUUUCUCACUUCCAAUGGCCCUUCUGCAUCAAGAUUUUGGAGAAUUCAAUAUCCUCGUGGACGAAACGACUUAUAGUUUGCUUGGGGUUAUUGAUUGGGCCGAAGCAGAAAUUCUGCCAUUUGGUCUUAAUCUUUUCCAUCACCAGCGGAUGAUCAGUAAGAUUCAUAUCACUCAAGGCUGGUCGAGAUACGAUGAUUAUCGUUCGCUAGAGGAGAUUUUCUGGAAUACCUUUCAAAAGGAAACUGGGGUUAGCGAUAAAACCAUCAGUAUUAUCAAGAUGGCAAGAAUCAUGGGCGUGUUCCUAAUGGUUGGCUUCACACCUCGCUUGGCAGAUCAGCCUGAGCCAGUUCCUAUUCGGGAUGAUGAAAGUGGUGCGUAUAAGAUGCGCGACCUGGAUGGACUGUUGAUCAACCCGGCAACGAGGUUCCUAGAAUUGUAA